AUGAUUAAGUUUUGUAUGCUGCUUCUAGUGGCUGCGUCAGCAUGUUUGGCGGAGUUUCAAAGAGUGCCUCUGUACCGGAUUAAAACUGUUCGUAAGCAUUUGCAUGAGGUGGGAACAGAAUUGCAAGUAGUUCGAGUGAAGUAUGCGGCUAAAGGACCAGCACCUGAACCACUCUCCAAUUAUUUAGAUGCUCAGUACUAUGGCCCCAUCUCUAUCGGAAAUCCACCACAAACCUUCAAAGUUGUGUUCGACACUGGCUCUUCAAACUUAUGGGUGCCAUCAAAGAAAUGUCAUUACACGAACAUUGCCUGCCUUCUUCACAACAAAUAUGAUAGUAACAAGUCAAAGAGCUAUCGCAAAAAUGGCACAGACUUUGCCAUACACUAUGGUUCUGGAUCUCUCUCCGGAUUUCUUUCAACUGAUGAUGUAACUGUGGGCGGUCUAACUGUGCGUGGUCAAACAUUUGCUGAGGCGAUGUCGGAGCCAGGCCUCGCGUUCGUUGCUGCAAAAUUCGACGGCAUUUUAGGCAUGGCUUUCAAGAGUAUCGCGGUAGACGGCGUGACCCCAGUGUUUGAUAACAUGGUAGCUCAGGGUUUGGUUCAACCCGUCUUUUCGUUCUACCUAAACCGUGAUCCGAGCGCGGCGCAAGGUGGAGAGAUCAUCCUCGGCGGAUCCGACCCUGCACAUUAUUCCGGCCAGUUCACGAAAGUGCCGCUCACCCGCGACACUUACUGGCAAUUCCGUAUGGACUCGUUGACCGUCGGAAACCAGUCUUUCUGCUCUGGAGGUUGUGAGGCCAUCGCGGACACCGGUACUUCUCUGGUGGCCGGCCCCGCAAAGGAAGUAGAAGCACUGAACCGUGCUCUCGGAGCUACCCCGAUCGCCUUUGGACAAUUCGCUGUAGACUGCUCUCUUCUACCCAACAUGCCCGCCGUGACUCUUACCAUCGCCGGAAACAAUUUCAAGCUGAACCCCACCGAUUAUAUCCUUAGGGUGUCACAGUUUGGCAAGACUGUGUGCUUGUCUGGUUUCAUGGGGCUGGACAUCCCGCCUCCGAAUGGUCCUCUGUGGAUUCUCGGAGACGUUUUCAUCGGCCGCUACUACACGGAGUUCGAUAUGCAAAACAAGGCCAUCGGUUUCGCUCAGGCCAAGUAA